AAACUUCAGCAGCAUAUGGCAAUACUAUUCCGAAGAGACUGACAACUCAUUUGACAUUUCCCUCAAGUGACACACCAAACCAAAACAAAGUCAAUAAUCAGCUGUGAUUUUUACUUCAUAGGAACCUUGUACACAUUUCAAAUUCAGAAAUCCUCCUCGUCCAGGGAUGGGCAACAAAGCGGUGAAGCAACACUUCGAGACGGCACAGAAGACUGGGGUCCUGAAAAUCUCGCUGCAGCGACUGCAGGACUUCCCGCCUCAACUGAAGACCUUUCCCAACGUGCUUAAAACCCUCGACAUAUCAGAGAACCGCUUCGUCACACUCCCCAACGAAAUCGGGCGGCUCACGCUCCUAAAACAUCUGAAUGUGAGCGGAAAUCGAUUAGUCGAACUCCCGCCAGUGCUGGGCGACCUAGUCAAGUUGGAGGUCAUCCUCGCCAUGAAUAAUUUAAUCGUCAAGAUCCCCAGGGAGCUGGCGAACUUAAAAAACCUAAAGCAGGUGAAUCUGUCGAACAAUCAACUCGCCGAGUUCCCCACGAUGCUGUGCGGGCUGAAGCACAUGGACGUGCUGGACUUAUCGCGGAAUAAAAUCACAAAUGUACCGUCCGAGGUCGGGGACUUGCAGGUCACCGAACUGAAUUUGAACCAGAAUCAGAUAUCGUCGCUGUCGGAGGAGAUAGCUGAGUGUCCCAAGCUGAAGACGCUGCGGCUGGAGGAGAAUUGCCUACAGGCCAGCGCGUUUACACCUAGAAUUCUCAAGGAAUCGAAAAUAUGCAAUUUGCUGGUCGACGGCAACCUGUUCAACUCGAAGCAGUUCAACGACUUGGACGGGUACGACGUGUACAUGGAGCGCUUCACGGCAGUGCGGAAGAAAAUGUUCUAACUGCGAGCAAGACUGCUUAGGAGGCUGGGGCGGACGAGAACUAGUUUAAGGACUAUUAUUGCUACUUUCUGUGUUUUGUUUAUUAUCGCGCUUAUAGCCGAGGAUUUGUUGUUCGUAUUCUUUCAAUGGAUCUUGUGUAAUUUAAAUAAAUUUCUAUGUAUUCAGUUCGUAAUUUGUUUUACGAGAAAACGCACCAAAAGAUUAAUAAAUUUGCAUUAAUAUCAAAGUGAAC